AUGCCAACCCCAGUGAUCAAAUUCAAAUGGACUGCACAGAGUCAUCUGUCUGUCUGUUGCCUGCCGAGUGCCGCCGCCUCCGUGUCCGCGCAUGCACUUGACCACUUUGACCCAGCCAAUGGAUUCCUCGCCCCUGGUCUCCCUUGUGUGAGGCGCUGGCAGGACGGUAUGAAAAUUUGCGUUCAAGGCAAGCGUAAUAACUCCAGAAAAAGUUGUCCUGGGUUUGACGUCAAGACGGGCCAGGCUUGGCGGUGUUGGCUUGGUAUGCCAUUUGCGUGGCUCCAGACUAUUGCUUCUUUUGCUUUUGUUCGCAUUGUCCAUGGCUUACGGCACCUGUACAUACCCGUCCAUAGAAGACAGGACAGGCCAGGCAAGGAGUCUCUCCGUCGUCAAUAUGCAGAGAGUUCUCAUGUCAGUCCGGUCUGGCCUGGUCUGUCUGGUCCAGUCCGUGCCAUAGUCAGCCAGACAGGCUGGAUGGGCCAAGCCUGA